ACCCUCAAGACCGAUUGCCAACAGUUGGAUCUUCAACUUCGCUCGGCUAUAGACGCAUCGGCCUCGGCCUCAAAUCUGAUCGGCUUAGCCCUGUCUCAGACCUCUGGCCCUGCCGUCGCCUCAGGCGACACAGACUCAACAGUUGUCCACUCUCCUAACGGCGUCCUCCCUCAGUCUGUGGCUCUGAGAAACGGUAGCAGCAGCCAGCUGCUGGUAACGCUGGAGGCGCGCAACAGCCACUUGCACUGGCGCAUCGACGAGGCGAUGCGGCAACGUAAGCUGCUGAUUGACGCUUUCCAGGCGCAAAGUGAUCGCGUUUUGGCUGCGGCCGAAUGGAUGGAUGUGGCAGAGUCGUGUCUAGACACAGCUUUGCAGACAUCAGCACCAACACCCACCGGAGCCGAUGCUUCUACUGACCAAGCUGCCUCAAUGGCAGAAAGAAGUCCCGAAAACUUGCCGGUCACCGACUCAUCCAUUACGUCCUCCCACGAUCUCUCCGUCCAUACAGCCACUGCAAUCCGACUGGAGCGUUUGAAAGUACCUACUAAUUGA